CCGUCACGUUAUUUUCCAGCUAAUGCUUUUACUCCUGUCGUCGUGCUACAGAAGACUGCCAUGGUCGGUGUGGUCGACAUUCUCCAAAGGAAAGCUGCAGUACUCGACGGUGAAACACGCUCCGUCACCCUCAAGUAAUUCACCACCUUCCCCCGUCCCUGCUGACCCUUCUCUGCCUCCUCUUGACAUUUCGGGCCUUCCCUAUCUUAGUCGUCCUCUAGGCGUCACGGAACGGCCUUCGACUGAGAGACAAUCGAGGCUACAGAGGAUCAAACAAAGUCUUUCUGAUGAUGAAACCAUUGCCAGAGAAAGAAAACAUCUAGUCAAGGAGGCUGUUACAAAAGGAUAUUUCCAUGAUCUAAACAAGACUAGAAAACAUGGUGGAAAGACUUGGAUUGCCCCCAAAGUGCUCAUUCGCGAGGAUAGAGCCUUGUACCUACCUGAUAUAUCAGGGAAAUGCCUCGCCGAUGGUUCUGAAAAACAUACCACGACCAUGUGUUUUGGCCGGAUAACAUUACUCUCUUUAUUAAGCACUCGGAUAUCUGAGUUCCAUUCCGCUUCUUUCACCAAACUCGCAAUAGAACGUUUCUCUCACCAUCCUCUUUUCCAACAUAUCCAAAUAAAUACCCAAUCCAACGCACUUAAGUCGUUCCUCGUCCACCUUCUCAGACGGUCUCUCCGCUCCUCCAUACCAACUGAACAACACCCUUUAUAUCUCCUUUCCUCACAGAAUCUUGAAUACCUGAGGGAACCGAUGGGAAUCGACAAUGAUCGCGUUGGUUAUGUGUAUUUGGUGGACGAAGAUUGUAAAGUGAGGUGGGCUGGAUGUGCCGAUGCUACGGCAGAGGAAGCGCGAGCAUUAGAGGUGUGCACGGGGGUGUUAUUGAAGAGAUUGGACAAGAGAGAGGAAAAGGAGAAGAGACAUAGCAAUGAUAAAUGCGAUAACUGAUGCUUGACACUAAAAGUAUCUAUUAGUACUACCGUGGCUCACUUGCAAAUUGCAUCUUCACGGCGCCCACUGCUAAACUUCAACC